AUGGACGGGCCGACGCUCCUCGCCUGCGACGCCCGCGAAGAGCUUGAAGAGGCCGCGCCGUCGCCGCUGCGCGCCAAGGCCAAGCUCAUGAUCCGGCCCAUGCCGAGAGCGUGCAACCCCGUGCCAUCCAGUCCUGUCAAGCUCAGUCGGUACGCCGACGCGCUCGGCUCGAUCGAAGAGGACAACCCGUUCGGCGACCUCACGCACGACAAACUCCGGCAACUGAGCGGCAAGUCGGACUUGACCAGAGUCACGUUUCUCCAGCUCUCCAUCGACACGGGCAAGCAGUCGGUCGAAGCGCUCGGCGAGCUCUUGCCGUCGCUCUUGCAGCUGCGCUUGCACGAGAGCAAGCUCCAUAGCUUCCGCGACCUUGGCACGUCGCUGCACAGUCUCCAAGUGCUCUGGCUCGAGCGCUGCGGCGUGACCGACCUCGAUGGCAUUGGCGCGCUCACGGGCCUCCGCGAGCUGUACCUCCAAGGCAACUGCAUCAGCGACAUUAGUCCGCUGAGCAUGCACGACGAACUCUCGGUCGUUGAUUUGCAAGGCAACGCCGUCAUGGACAUUGUACAGAUCGAGCAGCUCGGCUUAUGUCCACAGCUCUCGGCGCUCAAGCUCGUCGAGAACCCCGUUGCAAGCAUUCCGCAGUACCGCGCGAUCGUCAUCAGCUACAUUCCGCACCUCACGGCGCUCGACGACAAGCCCAUCACCGCCGGCGACCGCACGCCCGUGACGUCGGCGACCAUCGACCUCGCCCUGCGCUUCGACCACUCGGCCGACGCGGCCAAGGACCAGCACUCGAGCGACCUCACGCAUGGCACCGACGUCGUGUUUGCGGGCAACGUCACGAGCGCCCUCCGACGCCGGAGCCACGAGCACUACCACAACAAUGCGUCGGCCAUGGACGACCCGCAGCGACCGCCGACGCCGGCGAGCAGCUUCCCGCCGCGACCGAGCACACCGCUGCAGCGCGAAUCCAUCACGGCGACGCUCGACCGCGCGUGCGAGCUCGAUUUGACGUCGCGCCUUAGCUCCAAGUCGCGCGACUCGAUCUUGCACGAGCUCAAAGCGUGGAAGCUCGAGACGUCGGUGGCGCAGGUCGGCCGGCCCGAGACGCCGUCCAAGCGCGGAGCCAAGAAGACGUCGCGGCCGCACACGUCGGGCGGUCGGACGCCUGUCCGCGAGGCCUUUAGCGAGUCGGCGCCGCGCCGCCACAGCCGGUCGAGCCCGAUCAAGUCGGUGACCAAGUCCCACGCCGUCGAGAUCCUCGUGCUCGACGACCAGACGCCGGACGACUCGCCGCCGACGUUCACGGGCCUGCACGAAGAGUGGACGCUGGAGCUGCAAGCGCUCUCGCCGCGGAUUGAGGCGCAAGCGAUUCCGUCCUUCAAGAAGCACAUCUUCGACGCGAGUCCUAGCGACGACAGUGACAGCGAGAAGGACGACGACGAGGACGUCGGACGAGUGCCAUUGCGCACCGCGCGCCAGCAUUUCAACGUCGGCGAGAGCCUCAACGCGAUCGACGAGUGGACCAACCGCCUCUUGCACGCCGAAGACGGACCUGUCGCUGUCGUGCCCGUCCAAGAACGCUGCAAAACGCCAAAGCGCCGUCCGAGCGCCGGGCCAAAGUACUUUGACGUGACGUCGACACCGGCCAAGAUACCAGCAGCGACUUCGACCCCGACACCGGCCACACCGAACAAGACACUGCCUCUCAAUAAGACAGACGCAGUGUCGAGUGCGCGGCCAGCCGAAGUGCCGAGUGCCGCCGCCGCCGUGCUCCCAGUCGAGGCGGCAACGUACCAAAGCCUCGACGACGCGAGCCUCGUGGUCCUUUUGCAAGGCAAGGACAAGGCCAAUCUCCACCACCUCAAGACCAAGGAGAGUUUCCGGGGGUUCUUUCAAGGUAUCGAGCGCACGCGGCUCGAGACACUGCUGCGACGAGCAUACGGCGACGGCGACAAGAUGCAGAAGCGGCUCGGUCUCAUGGCCGGGCGCACCUCAUAA